AUGGCUCCUGAAGCCUCCGAAACGCAGCUUUCCUAUCGGAAACGGAUACUCAACCAUUUCCGCAAAUCAAGCCCCGAAGAACCAACAUUCCAUCUUUUUGCGAAGCUUUUGCCUCAUAUCCGUCGGAAGAUCUGGCAUUUUGCUCAUCAAAACUCUGAACGAAUUGUUGAGGUAACCACAUGGCCGGGAACCUUUGGCUUCGGAAUUUUUGAUCGAGAUAGUUACAUUCACUACCACAUUGCCACCCGCCGGUACCGGUUUAUCCUGCCUCAACCUAGUAUCUACGGAGUGUGGAACGGCUGGGAAGCUCGAGUAAAUCAGGAAGCGGUUCUACUACACGUUUGCUCAGAGUCACGAGCUGCUACUCUCCCAUUCUACACCACGCCUUUCAACAAGCAACACGUAAGAAGCCGUGCAAAUAAGACAAAACAGACACAAAACUUCUUGGUUUGUUGGGACAACGAUACUUUGUUGAUCAACCUCAAGGUGUUUCAGGAGCGGGGAGAUAAUUUGGAAAUGAUCUUUUGUCAACUUUUUGGCUCCACAUAUGCCAGUAGCCGCAAUGCGAACUCAAUUACCCAGGGCCUACGAUGUCUUGCUGGCAAUCAUGAAUUCUUCAUAUCCUUGUUCAGGCAUCCAACCACUCUACCUAAGUUCACAAGAUUCUUCGAACGCUUCUCGGAUUUGGAACUGAAAUAUGUCCCUCUUUACCUGCAGAAUCGAUCAGGUACCAAGUUACUUGGGUUUGAGGAAGACAUGAUCAUCAAAGAAAGUUGGAACGCAAGUUUCGCGGUGAUUUCUUCAAGUUCUUCUUACAAUUUUACCAAAAAGGGCAACACAGAGCUCUCGACAAACUUUGCAAGGAAAAUAACGGAGCAGAGUAUAUCAAGUCUCGCAAAGAAGUUCCAAUUUACGAGUCAAGCCCGUACGUACCUCGGAUUUUGAAAACAGGGAUCAGACGUCGAAAACGAAAUAUUCCGUACGAACGCUAUCGGCUACCAGAAAAUCAACCUGGUCGGACCUUCAAAUUAUUUCCCAACCUUCCGACGGAGCUCAGAAUUCUUAUUUGGCGAUUAGCACUUCCUCGUAGGAGAUUUAUCAUGAUAACCAAACCACCCGUUUGGAAUGAUUAUGCAGAAUGUGAUCAGUCCAUGAUGCAUCCAAACGACAUCAGCUACUGGCACCCAGUCGCUAUUGAACGGGCACCCGCACUUUUCUUUGCUAACCAAGAGGCACGGUCAAUAGUCCAGAAAUCAUACAUACCAUUAAAAUCAAAUGAUGGAUAUGGAGCGGCAUAUUUCAACCCAAAAAUCGAUAUUAUAUGUUUUGACCACAACCCCUACAACGGUGGAAAUAUUCUUGAUGGUUUCUUCAAGUGUGUCCCGAAAGAUGUACUGGAGCAGAUUACCAGUAUUCACCUAAAUCUUUUCGGAAAACACCGUAGAAACAGAUAUAGAGCUGCCGACUACCAGUCACUAGAAGAGUUCAUUUAUAGUCUCCCGAACCUGCAAGAGAUUCUAUCAAGGACCAUGUACGAUGAUAGGUCUCCCGUCAGCCAUGCACCGAUGAUUGGAUUUGAGGAUUACAAAAAUACGAGAUGGAUGAAACCAGAGGUACAUGCAUGGCUGCAAAACUUGGAGCAACGGAUCCCACGGCUCGCUAAGCUCGUCAGACAUGGCUAUCCUAUACACGAUACGUCUUUCCACGUAUUCUGGGACCAUCAGUUGGCACCACGGGCAACCUAA